AUGCUUCAACAACAAGGACAUGAUGAUGCAGAACAAUCUCACGUCCAGGAUCAUCAUGAUGACCAAUCAAGUUCUCCCAAUGCUAUGAGCACUGUGGAGAUUGCUCUAAUUAAUUCUCUGAUGGAUCAAUAUAGCAUUCCGAUGAUGAACGAUUCCUCAUGUUCAAUGGAAGAGCAAAAAAAACGAUUGAAAAUGGAAUUAACGAAAUUACUUCGAUCCGAACCAUAUCCUCUCAUGACAAUGAAAUAUUUACAGUUUGUUGAAGCAUUGGAAAAGAGUCAUUUAAAAUCAAUUGCAAUUGAAUUUAUUGUCAAGUUGUGUGGAAAUUCCGAAGUUGAAAAUGACAAAAUUAUUACCACUCUAGAGAGAGUUUAUGAUAGAUGUAAUGAUUUGGCACGGAUCGUGAUUAAUACAUUGUACAAAUUAGAUAAUUUAACAGAAAAACAACAAAAUAGAAUUUUACUGAUCUGUCAAAGCGCACUCGAAUCUGCUGAAGAAGAGCAUUUGGAUGAUAUCGUGAAAAUCAUGUUGAAAAAUAUGACGAAAAGAAAUGCACAUCACGUUGUACAUUAUAUCAGGAAUAAGCUUUCGUAUGAUGACUUUGCAGCUGCUCGAAUAUGUUCUGAAAUUCUUUCUGAAACAUUCUCAACAAAUCCAUCAUCUGCUGCUUACUUUUUGAAAUCCCUAAAAUCAGAAGAAAAAGAGUUUUCCAAAUUAGACAUUCUCAUCUUAAUUGUUCUACUUUCCACUCGAAGUAGAGAGAGAAGUGCAACAUUUUCCAUUUUCAAAAAUGCGUUUCAGAACAAACCAAAGAGACUCAUUUCAUUAACUACAAUUUUAGAUGCUCUUAAAGAGGCCAGCUCAAUAGUGAAUGAGAAGUUUUCCAACUCCAUCUAUGUAUUUAUUCUCUACUUACUAUCCAAUAGCGAAUUAUUUACAUAUGAAACAGGUGUAUCAUGGGCUUACAGUAUUUUCAUUUCUGCUUUUAAAGCCCAUCCACUCUUGCGUUCCAAGUUUUUGUCUUCUUUAAUGGCCAUGUUUCAAUACUCCAAUGAUUCAAGGUCAAGCAUUGCUAGCGAUAUAUUGGUGGGCUUGUGUGAUGACACGAAUGAUACAGGUGAUAAUGAAGAAGACCAAACUUCGUCACUGUGUAAAGAAAUGGCCACAGAUUACUUGUCCAUUCUCAAGGAAGCCCUUUCUCAUGGAGUCACAUAUUCAAUCAAAUGUCAGCAUAGUUUAUGUUACGUCCUUGCUAAAUGUUGUACAUAUGAACCUAGGUUAUUUGAAUUUUUAAUGAUCUUUAUUAGAAAACAGCUCUUCAGUGGACAAGAUAAAAAGUCACAAUUAGGUCUUAUUAUCUCCGCGCAUAUCAUCCACGAAACUCAACUAAUGUCUUCAAUGGAUGUUGAACGAUUUGUUUUCACAUUGUUCAAUCAAAAACUCUGUGACGAGAAUACCAUUUUCGUUCUUGAUCUAUUGAUUUACAAUAUUGAAAAGUUGUACAUGAUGGGAUUCAAUGCACGUAUGAAACAUAUGAUUGCCUCUCUCAUCAACAAUUAUGAGAUAGUGAAAGACAUUUUAAGCUUUGAAAAUAAGAAGAGCUUUAAUUUUCGCAAAUUUGCUUCAGGAAGUGAACUGAACAAGACUAGGCUCAAAACUCUGUCACUACUUUUUAAAUGUCUUGUCAUGACCUAUGAGAAAGAGCACCCUCAAGAAAAUUUAGCACUUGCUAUCAUGCAAUAUGGUGUUGUAGGGUCUUCAAAAGAAGAAUUGGUUUGUGCCUAUGUAGUUUUCACAACCAUGUGUGAACUCUGUAUUGAAAAUUGUGGAACAUUAUUUGACGAAAAAACUGAAGACGCUCUUAAUGAUAGCAUGAACUAUUUAUUAACUCUACGAUAUGACAUUCCAAUUGCCAAGUCUAUAGGAAUAUUUAAAAUGAAUCUCGAUGAUUUGUAUGAACUCUUUCCAAUGGACUUGGAUAUUGUUUGCAACCAUGUAAGAACAUUGAAUGCCUCAACAGAAUAUGGUGAGGAUGAUGAAAAAGCAAUGUACAAAGAGAGAGAAGCUUUCAGAUGCCUGUUUUCAGAUACAAAUGCAACAUUGAAAUAUUUAUUGAUCUCCAAAGCAACAGAUCCUAUUUCAGAUACGCAUGAUACCCUGAAUAAUUCAUCAGGGGCGACUAAGGGCAAGCAGGCCUUCUCUCCAGAGUUCAAAUGUAUUUCUCCAGUUAAAAGAUUUAACUUUGGUGCUCUUUUGGAAAACUCUCGCCGACAGCCAGUAUCCAUUUCUGAUUUUAUUGAGUCCAAGACGAAAACUCUUGCAAAACUCGUGAAAAUGACAUUUUCUUUUAGUAAUAGAAUGACAACUAUCAGGUCACAAAUCACAAAGGAGAUAGACACAGAAUUUUCAAGGAAGCUAAUAGACCAUUAUGCUCUGUGUAUUUCCUAUAUCUACAGCACUUUAACGAAUGUGCUCCAUGCUACAAAACGAAUGAAUGAGGAGACAUUUGAGAAGUUACUUAUUUUGUUGAAAAGAAACAAUACUGAUCUAGCAUGCUCUCUGCAAUAUCUUCCAAGAUUGUUUUUGAACCAAAUUGAAAAAUCACCAUUUUUUGUACACAUUACUCAACUGUGCUUGCUAUUUCUUGCAUUAAGUGAAGGAAAGAAUUUACAGACAUGCAUUGGAUAUGUUGGAUUAUCCAUGAUGCAAACUGUGUAUUCCUCUCUGUCCAUAUCUGCAGAGAUUGAAAAGCUUAUAUUUGAUACAUUUAUUUUUAAAGAGCUUCCAUUUUAUCAUUUACUAUUUCAUAGAGAAUCGAAACAACAAACAUCCCAUAACAAGUACCUCAUGCAAGCAAGGUUAUUAAUUCCAUUGGCAUAUUUACCAGCUGAUGAAGGAAGAUUUUUGAUCGAUUACUUUUUGAUGGCUCUGAAUAAUUUUGUGUUGGGUAUUAUUAACGGAGAAGGAAAGUCACAAGAAAAUUUCGAAACAGAACGAAUUCAACACGGAGUAGUCAAAGUAUUGGAUGAACAUUCGUUCCAUUUAUUUUUCCAAAUUGUCACAAAAGUGGCUGAAUUGGCUCUCACCAAUGCUCCAGUUUCUCCUGUCCAUUCGAGUAAUGGCAAAUUUUUCAUUAGAAUUGAGGAGCCUUUGGCCUUCAUGCGGAAAAUUAUCAUGAUUUUCAACUUGGUGCUUGAAUGUAAAGAGUUAAAGAAAAUGAGAAAUAAUAGUGGAGAGCUUCUUGCCCAUUCUCUCCUCAGUAUUUUACCAAAGUUACACGAAAAGAUUACGGAGAGCUUAAAGUACUUAUCAGAAAAGAGAGAUGAAAUCGAAUUUGAAUUGAGACGUUCAGAUUACAUUCCUCUCAUUGAGAGCAUGAAAUUACUGUGUGACUCUUGCUUUUCUCUUUGCGAUCGUCAAAAAAGAUUCAUGAACCCAAACUCGACUCAAGAUGGAAAGCUGAGACAGGUCAUGUUAAAACUCUUCCAAAAGCAACACGAGUUGGAAAUUUUCCUUAGAGACAUUUGUGAAUCUCAUUACAUUGAUUUCUUCACUAAGGAACUUGACGAUGCCAUGAUUGAUGAUGAAUACGAACACGAAACACUGAGUAAUAGCACUGUAUUUUGGGAAUUUUCCUCUCGUUCAACACAUACUUUGGAGGAGAAGAUCAAGUAUCUAACUAAAUACAACAUGAUCCAUCAAGUGAUCACUGAGGAUGAAACCAUUCUGACCUUGUGGGAUCAGACCCCUCCUCAGACAUUCUUCGACAAGAACAUUCUAUUUUUGCAUCCUGAUUUGGAUGGUGAGGUGGACAUGCUGUUGUUAGAUGAUGAGGAAGAUUUGGAGGAGAGUGGUAGUGACGAUGAUGAUGAACAUUUGAACUAUAGCAAUGUACCAACUUUGGAACAAGCAUUAAUGGAAGUAACACGAAGGAAAGAAGCUGCACAAUUAUUACAACAACAGCAACAACAACAACAACAACAACAAAUGGACGAGAAUCCAUCAUCAGAUGUCAAUGCAGAAAUUCACAUUCUUCAACCAAGAAAAAAGACAAAAUUCUAA